AUGAGCUCGUCAAAUGGGACCCACCGCAGACAGGAGUCCAUAGACCCUUUUUCUCAUCCCGACGUCUAUUAUGGUGACGAGGAAGCCAACGCGCGCAUUAAGGAUCGCAGACGUGCCUUCUCAACGAACCUGAACCAGUUCAAUCGCCAGGAUAUCCAGAAUUUCCUUGGUGGAAUUCCGGCAAGAAGAGGAAGUCACGAUGAGAUUUCGGCUCAACCCCGCAAAUUCCUUAUCGAUGUCGAACAAACACUGGAGAGCCUCCUAGAAAGAGAGGAUACGGACAGGAACAUGCAGAUAACCAUCGAGGAUGUAGGACCCAAGGUGCUUUCCCUCGGGACCGCAGCUUCUUCCGGAUACAAUAAAUUCGAUGUGCGAGGAACGUACAUGCUCUCCAACCUUCUGCAAGAACUUACCAUCGCUAAGGACUAUGGCCGGAAAGUCAUUGUCCUUGAUGAGGCUCGUCUGAGCGAGAACCCAGUCGCGCGUCUCUCCCGUCUCAUUAAGAAUUCUUUCUGGAACGCCCUGACUCGUCGGAUCGAUGGGUCCAAUAUUGAGGUAGCGGGCCGAGAUCCCAAGGACUGGACAGACGACCCACGACCCCGUAUUUACAUCCCGCCGGGCGCUCCAGAGCAGGUGGAGUAUUAUAGAGGGAUCGCUGAGGCGCACCCGGAACUCCGUCUGGAUGUGCAGGUGCUGGACUCGGAGAUCACUCCAGAGUUCGUGAAGGAUCUCAACAGUAAACCCGGUCUUCUCGCCUUGGCAAUGGAGAAGAAGUACGAUGAGACUACCCAGAAAACCGAAUACUCCGGGGUGCCAUUUGUGGUUCCCGGAGGACGGUUCAAUGAAUUGUAUGGGUGGGACAGUUAUAUGGAGUCUCUGGGGCUGUUGGUCAGCAACAGAGUAGAUUUAGCGAAGUCCAUGGUGAUCAACUUCUGUUUCUGUAUUAAACACUAUGGAAAGAUCCUGAAUGCCAACCGAUCCUAUUACCUGCUACGUUCCCAGCCGCCAUUCUUGACUGAUAUGGCUCUGAGAGUGUAUGAGCGGAUUAAGGGCGAACCCGAUGCUCUGGAGUUCCUGCGGACCUCGAUACUCGCUGCGAUCAAGGAAUACUACAGUGUCUGGACCGCCGAGCCGCGGUUUGAUCCAGUUUCUGGUCUGUCGCGGUAUCGCCCUGAAGGGUUGGGCGUACCGCCAGAAACGGAACCAACGCAUUUCCUCCAUCUACUAACACCCUAUGCUGAGAAGCAUGGCAUGAAAUUUGAUGACUUCGUUCAAGCAUACAAUAACGGCAUCGUUAAGGAGCCGGAGCUUGACGAGUACUUUUUGCAUGAUAGGGCUGUCCGAGAAUCUGGUCACGAUACAAGCUACCGUUUGGAGAGAGUUUGUGCCAAUAUUGCUACGGUUGAUUUGAACUCUCUCCUUUACAAAUACGAGGUGGACAUUGCUCGUAUAAUCCGGACUUAUUUCAAGGACAGACUAGAGAUCCCCCCUGAGUUCCGUACUGAACAGUCGAAGGAUAUUGCAAGCGAAUCUUCAUCUGUAUGGGACCGCAGAGCUAGAAGAAGAAAAAUGAGAAUGGAUGCCUAUUUGUGGGACGAAGAAAAGGGGAUGUACUUCGACUACGACACAGCUAAGCAAGAGCGAACCUCUUAUGAGAGCGCCACAACCUUCUGGACAAUGUGGGCAGGUCUCGCCACCCCUCACCAAGCGUCGGAGUUGGUCAGCAAGGCCCUACCAAAGCUUGAGGCCUACGGUGGUCUGCUUUCAGGUACUGAAGAAUCGCGUGGUAUUAUCAGUUUAGACCGGCCGAACCGGCAGUGGGACUUUCCCUAUGGAUGGGCCCCGCAGCAGAUGCUGGCAUGGACGGGCCUGCUCCGCUACGGCUACCAGGAGGAAGCCGAGCGACUAGCAUACAAGUGGCUAUACAUGAUCACCAAAGCUUUUGUUGACUUCAACGGUGUUGUCGUCGAGAAGUAUGACGUCACUCGACCUAUUGACCCGCAUCGGGUCGAUGCUGAAUAUGGAAACCAAGGUGUAGAUUUCAAGGGUGCACCUCGUGAAGGGUUCGGUUGGGUCAACGCCAGCUUUGUCUAUGGGCUGGAGAUACUUAACGCUCACCAGCGACGUGCCCUUGGAGCCAUAACUCCAUACGAGACCUACAUCAAAGCUGUAGCAAUCCAGAACGACAGUGACUAG